AUGGCCUACACUCCACUUGUAUUAGGGUUAUAUCUGAUUUUUUAUCACAGAAAUCUCUAUGCGACAGGCAUACCUUCGGAAAACCUCGCAAUACUUCGAUUACUUGAAGCAGUAAUCACCUCUAUGUUUACAAUGCAUAAUUCAAGUAUCCAAGAUGAUCCGGAUUUGAAACUUGCUUCAAGAACCUCAAGCAAACGUCCAAAAACAUUGCUGAUUUCUUUGUGCAGGAGCUUCUUCUCAAGCCUUACCCUCUGCCUAUAA